AUGACUUUCCAAGAAACGAGGUCUCUUGAAGCCAAAUGUCUCUGCGGCUCGAUUCACUUCACACUUGAUAUCCCAGUGGCUUCCCUCCCACUGUCAGUAUACCUUUGCCAUUGCAGCAUCUGCCGACACUCAACAGGCGCACCAGCGGUUUUCCACUCCGUUCUGCCCAAGAACACAACGCCAAACUUCAUUUCUCCCUCGAGUGAGAAGAAGUUGACUUCUUUCAAGCCCGCACAAGACUGUACUUAUGACUUUUGUUCAACAUGCGGCUGCCAUGUGGCUGGCGUCAGUUUCGACCGCAAGGAAUGGACUAUCGCGACUUCAAUAUUCAAAGACCACGGGCCGGACUUGUUCCAAAUCACGUCGCACGUUUUUUCCAAGUCUGCCCCGGGCGGAGCCAUACCAGCUGUAUUAUCCAGGAUCGGUGAUCGGGAAAUCAAGCGAUGGAACCCGCCCGACGACGACCCAAGGGCAAAAGUCAGCAAGCCAACAGCAGAGGUCGGAUCAAAUGGCGAGAGCCGCCUGCGAGCGCAGUGCUUCUGCGGCGGAGUGUCAUUCACAUUCAGUCGGCCCAAUGACGAGGUCCUCAGUGACGCGUUCAUGUCCAAGUACGUGUCGCGACGUGACAAGAACACAUGGCUGGCCACAUACGACGUUUGCGACGACUGCCGUCUUGCCAACGGCACUCAUGUCGCAGGGUGGACGUUUGUCCCUCUAACACUGUGCCAGCCGCCCAUCAAGACAGACUUGAGGAUUGGCACAGCCAGGACGUACGCCUCGUCAGAAGGUGUCUUGCGGUCAUUCUGUGGAACAUGUGGUGCGACUGUCAUGUAUUCCUGCGCUGCACGAACGCCUACCGAGGAACAGGCCGUUGUUGAUAUCGCGACGGGUAUUUUGAGGUGCCCCGAGGGUGUUAUGGGCGAGGGCUGGCUUACGUGGAGGGCGAGACUGGCGUUUGAGGAGACGGGCAUUCGAUAUGACAAGGGCUUCAGUGAGGCGCUGAGAGAUGGGAUGAAGGCUUGGUCUGAGGAAAGGUAUGGUGAGGCGUUGACGAUGACUAUUGAGUAA